GCGGCGGCGAUCCUGGGGCCGGGCCCGGGGACGGCUCCGGCGAACCCGCCCCGCCCCCGGGGGGCGGUGGGGCCUCUUCGGAUCAGAUCAUGCAGACGGGGGCGAUCUUGCUCCGGGCGUUCGUGCGGGACCGCGUGGAGCGCUGCGGGGACCCCCAGGCCGUGGCCCUGAGUGUGGCUGAGCUGGGCGAGCCCCAGCCCAGCAGCCCUGACACCAAACGCCUCAGCGAGUGCCUGCGGCGCAUUGGUGAUGAGCUCGACAGCAACAUGGAGCUGCAGAGGAUGAUUGAGCAGGUGGGGUGUGACGCCCCCAAAAAGCUGUUUUUCCGCGUGGCCAAGGAGAUGUUUGCCGAUGGCACCUUCAACUGGGGCCGUGUGGUUGCCCUGUUCUACUUUGCCUGCAAACUGGUGCUGAAGGCUCUCUGCACCAAGGUCCCAGAGCUGGUCCAGACCAUUUUGCGCUGGACCAUGGAGUAUCUCCAGGAGCAUGUGCUGGCCUGGAUCCAGGCCCAGGGCGGAUGGGAAGGGCUCUUGUCCCACUUUGGGACCCCCACCUGGCAGACCAUCACCAUCUUUGCUGCUGGCGUCCUCACGGCCUCGCUGACCAUCUGGAAGAUGUCCUAGACUCUUGGGGGGGGUCAGAUUUUGUCCCCACCCCCACCCCUGGGACCCCUCCCCGGACUGGCCCUGCCGGCAGGGAUGGUGCUGACCCCCAGUGCCUUCCAGGGCCGGGAGGGUUUUUAACCAACAGGACUCACUCACCUGGAUUUUGGGGCGGUGGUCGAGCUGGGGGGACCCUCUCUCCCUUCCCCAGGCCCCGCCCCCAGCCCUUCCCAUAAGCGUCUGGAGACCUCUGGAGAGCUGGGAUUUGAGGGGGGGUUGGGGGUGAAUGGGGUGGGGACACCCCCCUUCCCCUCCUGUGUCCCUGGUGCUGGACCUCCCUGGCCUCAGUUUGACCCCAGGACUUGUGGUGCUUUGAGUGGGGGGAGGAUCCUGCGGUUCCACCCCCCGAUAGGGGGGGUGGGUGCGGUGACUCUGUGACCCCCCCUAAAUGAGGUGGGGGGGUGGGGGGGAGGGUUACAGCCAUGGCUGUAGGGUGAGUAUUUAUUGGGGGUCCCCACCCCCCAAAAAGGGCCCCCCCAGGUGCAAUACCCCCCUCCCGGGGCGGAGGCUCUCAGGGUGGGGGGGCCACACCCCCAUUUACACCCCGUCAACUCCCCGGUUUUAGAGGUCCCCUGUGUCCCCGAGGCGGCGGGGUGGGGCAAGGGUGGGAGGCAAGGUGACACCUGCCCCCCAACCCCCACGGUGCUCUCGGGGGUGACAUCACGGGGAACACCCCCUCCCAAAAAAAUGGGUGGGCCCUGCCUUCCCCCCACUGCUUCUCUCCACAGUGGUCUUUUCUUCUCUUUUUUUGUACCUUGGUUUUUGUAUCUCGGGAAUUGCGAUGGAAAUAAAAGGCAAACGCGA